CAGUUGAUGGAAAGCCAGCCAUCUCAGUAGAGGCAAAAGCUCUAAAUAUUUGCCAGUCUAACCACAAGAGGGCGCCACAUCAUAUGCAAAACAAAUGGAAGAAGUUAUUUGGACUCCAGAAGAGUCCACAGAGCAAACAUAUUAUUUCUGUAUGUAUUUCAGCUCCUAUUGAGCGCAUCCCUUAAAUACUAACUGCAUUCUGAAACGACCCUCAGGUUAGUAAAGCUUGCUAACUGCAGUUCCUGUUUAAUAAAUAAACAAAAAAAACAUUUUUGCAUGUGUUCAGCAGCAUCCUCCUCACCUGUGUUUCAGUGUUUUAUUUCCGUUUUCAGCACAAUAGGUAACUUUGCAUGACAGAAGAACUUCAAGUUCCUGCACCACUGAUGCAUCUUGCUCAGGAUGAGAAGAGAACUCUGACUGGUCCGGACAGCAGUUUGGAGAAGGAGUGUUCCCGCCUGGAGAGGGACCUGGAGGAGGGCUCCCGGAGGCUGGCCAUGGCCCACAACGAGAUCAGGCGUCUGACUGACCAGCUGGAGUCGGCCCAUUUUACUCAAAGACUGUAUGAGCCUGAGCUGGAAUCGGCCCAGAAGGAGGUGGAGCAGCUCAGAUAUGAGGUGGAAAAACUGAAGAAAUACGAAAUGGUGGAACUGCGUAAGGCAAAAGAGCUUAACGACCGUCUGGACCUUGAGAUCCGGGCCUUGAGGAACAGGGUCCGCUCUCUGGAUGCUGAAAAGCGCUCUUUGCAGCAGACUGAAGAAUCAAAAAGAGAGGAAUCUUCCCUGCAGGAGCGAGAGGACACAGAUAUGGUUGGAACUCAAAGAGCAGAGGUGGCAAAACGCAGCAGCAUAUUCACAAAAGUGCAAGACAAACCAACAACUCCAACACAGCAGCUGAUGGACAAAGAGAAAACACCUGUGGAUAAAAGCAACCUGGCUCUGAUUUUGGCUAAAAUCUGCUCUAAAGAAAACCACCUCCAUCAUCAAAGGUACCUUCAGGAAAAAAGGCAAGUUUCACAUGCCAAUAAAAACCUCAUCCUUCAAGAAGACACUUCCUCAAAGACAGAGAAUAAACAAGUCCAGACAGAUGUGAGCAAAGAGAGUCCUCAAUCCGAGGUGUGUCCUAACUGUCAAGCUGAGUGUGAAACCCUGAAGAAGGAGAUCUGUGAAACUCUUGAGUGCCUCGAUAAACAGAGGAGUAAAUACCACAGCGCCAGAGAAAAACAUAAAGAGAAGGUUCGUCUCGCUAAACAAGUUUUUGAUGAUGAAACAAAGUGGCGUGAUGAGAGGAUAAAGAGCCUGGAGCGGGACCUCUCUUUAUGCAGCCACUCACUAGCAAAGGAGAAAGAACUCGUUUUGUGCAUCAGUUUGGAAAACGAGAAGCUGCUUCUUGACAAGAGGAAGCUGUUGGAAGAGCUGACUGAAGAGGAACACAGCAAGAAAGACACUAAACUAACAGCAUCUUUGUCUAAAACCAGGGUGGAUUUUUUAGAAAUGGAAAACAAAAAAAUGUGUGACAGAAUUGCACAACUGUCCAAUCAUGUAGCCGUCCUGGAGCGCAGCCUGCAGAAGUCGCAGCCUCUUCACCUCACAGAGGAACCAGGCGAACCAAGUCAACAGAUUCCUGCUUCCCUCCCGGAGCUCACAUUAAGAGGGAUGGCGUCCGAAGAGUCUGAGAAUCAGGACUUAUCAGGCAGCACACAGGCUGCUAACACCAAGCAGACAGACAUGACUGCAUCUCCUCACCGUCCAACGGUGGAGCUUAGCUACCUGAAUGUGACAGUCAUGCAGAGCUUCUCUGACCUCCCCAAUGCUAUGUUCACACCCCCUUAGGUAACAUAUGUUCAAGUGAUCCCUUCCAAUGAAAAGUCUAGGUACCCUAACCCAGUACCGGUACACUAGCCCUUACCCGGCACUGGACGCGAUACCAGAUGCGGUACUAGACCCGACUUGUUACCAGAUGCGGUACCCAAUAGUGCCGAGCGGAUCCAUCCAAAACCUCGAUCGAUACCGCCCCGCAGGUAUCAAUAUUUCCCCUCUUGUUAGAAACUUUUCUGUAUCCAGAAGACUCGCUGCCUGUGAGAUUUCAUAGUGCAUGAAUGCAUUGUUCACCUUAUUUCCACUCUCUCUAUUUAUGCUGAGUUGUUUUUACAAGUUACCUUUUUAUUGUUCUAUUUAAAGGCUAAGAAGUUACAAAUUAUUUAUAUUUCUACCAGCUGUUUCUUUAUCGCUAAACAUUUCUGAUUUAUUUUUGUAUUAGUUACUUGUUUCUUUUGGUUUGA